UAGGGCUUGUUGCGCGACACAUUAGGGGAUUCCAGGGAACCUUUGUAUGGAGUGCCCGCGUAGAUUAUUUUUCCGUUAUAAUAUUUUAAAUAAAAUCUUUUAUCUUAUUCAUAUUAAUUUUUUGUGUGUUUUUGAUUGUUUUCGGGGGUGUUAAUAGCAUUUGUUGACCAAAUUUUCAUUAUGUACAAGUGUUGAUCAACGUAGAAAUUGCAAAAAGGACUUUUGAGUUUUAUUUUGACGUUAUUUAUUUAUUUUAUAUUUUUUGAACUUUAAAAUCUGUGAAAGUGAAAGUUAUAUUUUAAUUUGUUUGUUAUUCAUCCCAAAAAUUUCACUCAAAAUGUCGUUUUCAAAAGCCAAAUUGAAGAGAUUUAACGAAAUUGCAGUUGGAGAUUCACCUUGCUCAGAAAGGAAGGACCAUAUUAAAAAAUUUCUCAAAGAGGUGAAAGAUUGCUACAAAGAUAAGGAAGCAGCUAAAGAAACCAAAGAAAAGGAUGGAAAAGAACCAAAAGUGCCUGCUACGCCUUCUGCCUCGGAUAGUGAAUCAGUUAAAAGUUCCAGGUCCUUACGCUUAUUUAGAACACCAUCCUUACCCCGUCGACUACGCUUCAAACAACACUCUGAGAGUACACCAAAGAAAGAACUCCAAAAAGAUUUGGCAAAGGGAAAGGAAGCUUUGGAGGCAGCUAACGUUGAAAUUAAAAACAAAACUGAAGUACUCCAUGACUAUCAGUCCCAACUAGACGAACUGAAGGCUGAAGUCUUCGUCCUUAGGGAGAAUGAAGCUAGAAUCAAGACAGAAAGUGAUCUGCUCAUCGCUGAGAAAGAGCAAGUGAUCAAAGAACUUAGCGAGGAGUUAGACCGUUGCAAAGAAUCAUUGAGAAAGUCUCAGGACCAAGAAGAAAGAUUGUCGGCCACAAUCAAGCAAUUUGAAUCCGAAAUCAAAAUGCUCUUAACUAGCCAUGAAAGUGAAGUUACUUUCCUCACAAACACAAAUACCGAGGUGGAAACCGCCAAGGAGCGUUUGAAGGAAGAGAAUAAUAAGGUUUUGGAAGAAAACUCAGUUUUGAAGGCGGAGCUCCAAGGAUUAGGUGAUGAAUUGUCUGUUUUAAAAUUAGCCGUACAAGGAAGCGAUGGCAAAAUUCAAGAGCAGUCAGUUCAGAUUGAAAAGCUCAAUGCUGAAAAUUUCAUACUUUUAGAAGAGAUUGAAGCUUUGAAAAAGCAAAUUCAGGAAGACAUGCUUUCAUUCGCUCAAGAAAGUCAAAAAAUGUUGAAGGAAAUCGACGAUAUUAAGAUUGAAAAAGAGAAACUCAAAGAAGAGCUUGAAAAUAAACAGAAUCUCCUCAACGCCCUGAAGGAAGAGCUCGCUGAUAAGGACGUCGAAAUGGACCUCCAGCGUGACUCUGUACGGGAAAUAUUCCAGCAAGAAACCCAGGCGCUCACGAAAAAGUACGAGCAACAGAUUGCCACCCUUAAGGAGAUAAAUGAUAUGAAAAUCAAAGAAAUUGAAUCAAUCCACAUUCUUGAGGUAGCCAAGAUGACUCGUGACCACCAGGAAAAAAUGAAGAGCGCUGAACGUCGACGAAAGGAGGAUCUCGAACGCAACAAUGAUUCGAUUGAAGAAAAGAUUCGAUUGGCAGGAGUGCAACAAGAGCAAAGGAUUAAAAGUUUGGAGGCAAGCCUAGAGGAGAGUAUUCAGAAGGAGAGGGUCUUCUGGAAAUCUGAACUUGAUAAAUGCCAAAAGAUCGCAGAGACUGAGAUAAUCCAAGGCGAGUUGGAAAAACAGGACCUCAAGACCUUAUUGCAAAGUGCUAAUGAAAUGUUAAGGGAAAAAGAUGACCGAAUUAAGGAGCUCGAAUCGCGCAUUACAAACGGUAUUGAUUACUACAUAAGUGUCAACGAUCAGUUGGAGGCUGACAUUAACGAGGUUAAGGAAGAAUGCAACCGACUCAUGACCGAGAAGUACAAUUACCAAUUGACUUUGAACAAUACUCGCUCCACUGUCAACAUACUCAUGGAAAGGCUUAAGAAGUCAGACACAGAUGUCGAGACCCUGAAAAACGACCUAGAAGCCGCAAACCGUGCAAAGACUGACAUGGAGCUGAAAAAUGCUGCUCUGGAAAAUGAAAUGAAAAGCCUUCGUAAAGAAAUGGAGGAGUACAAAGUGGCUUUGACCGCUCUAAGGAACUCUUCGCAAGCCAUGGAACGCGAGAUGAGAGAAAAGGAGACCAUUUUCGAGAAAUUAAUGUCAUCAGAAGAGGAAACGCUUGAAGCAGUUAACAAGAUCGGGAAAUUAUUCAAUGAUCGUAUUGAGGAAAACCUCGACAAAUAUUUCGAAAUGUAUACGGACCUGAAACGAAAGUACGAGGAACGGGAAAUCUACAUCAAGGAUAUGAAAUCCCUUCUCGACGAAUUCGCAACGGGUAUUGAGUUAGCCCGAUUGGAACUCGAUGGCAAAGACAAGCAGAUUCUGAGCCUCGAACAAGAGAAUAAGAAUAUCAAAGUGGAAAAUAUGACCUAUCGGUACCGAUGCGAACAAUUCGAAAAAUACGAGGAGGAAAAGAAACGCGAAAAGGAGUAUGAACGCAAGGUUGAACAAGCUGAACGGGACUUCGACGAUCAAGCCGAUAUGAUUAGCACCAAAGUGAUAGAGAAUCUGUUAUCGGAGCUUGAUGCCGAUGUCGAUAUUGAACAAGAGAAAACAUUCGUGAUUUCGUCCUCGAAUUCUGUUGACAGCAAUAAGAUCAUUGAAGAAAAUCAGAAGCUGAAAGCUAAGCUAGCCGAACAGAUUCGACGAAAUGAUUUAUUGCAGGAAAUGAUUGAAAUGGAAAGCGAUCAUGCGAUGGAAAAUUCGGAUUUAAAGCGAAAGAUCGAAGAAACAGAUAAAGCUCGAAAAAAUGCCGAAAAAUUAGCUCGCGAAGCAGCAGAGAAAUAUAACGAGCUGAAAAGUAAAUCGCUGAAUAUUCAAAAUGAAAAGAACUUUGAGAAUCUGCGCGAAACUAAUACCAAUUUAAAAAAUAGAAUUCUCUUACUCCAAGCCACAAACAAGGAGCACGAGACAAUAAUAUCCGAUCUCCAGGAUAAAAUCACUUUUGGUACACCAAGGAAAGCAAGUGCUAAGAAGCAGCCAACCACGCCGAAAACUCCAAAGACACCCCGCACGCCAAAAUCACUUUUUCCUGCGUUCAAGGGUAAGGAGAAUCGAUCUCCGAUGCCAAUGGAAAUCAUCCAGAGUCCUAAGAACAUUCUGACGCCAAGGAUUUAG